AUGCGAGCACACAUCUCUUAUUCCACAAUGCUCGCGCCAUUCAUAUUACUGGCAACAGCGCCUCUGGGUGCUCUUGCCUCAGAUGUACUCAAGACCACCGGAUACACCUCGUGCCAGGAUGACGCAGAUAUCAAGGUGAACAGGAUGGACAUCGAGUUCGAUAAGUCGACUAAAAAGGUCGUAUUUGACGUAUCUGGUACCAGCUUGAAGAAACAGGAAGUCAUGGCUUCACUUGUUGUCAAUGCUUACGGCAUCGAGGUUUACAAGAAUGACUUUGACCCCUGCGCUGAAGACACAAAGGUGCCCCAGCUGUGCCCUGUACCCGAAGGCACAUUCGGUGCGACAGGAGAACAGACCAUCCCCGACUCGUACAUGGACAAGAUCCCAGCCAUCGCGUUCAACGUCCCGGAUCUGGACAGCCAGGCUACAUUGCAGCUCAAGGCCAAGGAUGGAACACAGCUGGCUUGUAUCACUUCGACUGUCAGCAACGGCAAGACAAUGGAUGUCGCUGCCGCAAAGUAUAUUGCAGCGGGUAUGGCAGCCGGCGCGUUGGCUGUUUCCGGUCUGUCGGCCCUUGCGAGUGCAGGCCAUGCUGGCACUGCGACGUCGAGCCCCAACUUCGGCGACGUCAUUGGUUGGUUCCAGUCUAUGGCGCUCAAUGGAAUGAUGAGCGUCAAAUACCCCAGCAUUUACCAGAGCUUCUCCAAGAACUUCGCCUUCAGCACAGGUCUCGUCAGCUGGGACGGCGCACAAAGAUCGAUUGACAACUUCCGCAACAAGACUGGUGGAAACCUAACAGCGGACAGCGUUGACUAUCUGAAGAACAUCAGCUAUACCAGCUCGGGACAGAACAUGACAAAACGCGCGAUCCACGUUGCGUCGCUUUGGGUACGUGAUGAUUUGAGCGUCAACAACGACAACAGCACCGACAGCGGGGAGAGCAACCAGCUGGAGGAUUUCGGAAACGGCAUCAAGAAGUAUGCCCAAGAGCUCAGCAUUCCCAACGGCAACACUUUCAUGACUGUACUCCUGGUUUUCGCUAUCGUCAUCGCAUCCAUCACCGUCGCCAUCCUCCUUUUCAAGGUCAUCCUCGAGACGUGGGCUCUGUGCGGAAACUUUCCCAAGCGUCUGACUGGCUUCCGCAAGCGAUACUGGUGGACACUGGCCAAGACCAUCACCCACUUGAUCCUCCUUCUGUACGGUAUCUGGACCCUCUACUGUGUCUACCAGUUCAGGAACGGCGACUCGUGGGCUGCGAAGGUCCUUGCGGGUGUCACUCUUGCACUUUUCACCGCUGUCCUUGCCUUCUUCACAUGGAAGAUCUGGAGUCUGGCGCAGAAGUUCAAGAAAAUGGAGGGUGACUCCGGCGCUCUCUACGAGAACAAAGAGCUCUGGAGGAAGUACAGCAUCUUCUACGAGAACUACAAGAAGAGCUAUUGGUGGCUGUUCAUUCCCUUGAUCAUCUACGCUUUCGCUCGCGGUUGUGUUAUCGCUGGCGCAGAUGGUCACGGAAUGGCGCAAGUCGCUGGUCAGCUCAUUGUUGAGGCAGCGCUCCUUGUCCUACUCCUCUGGGUUCGCCCCUUCUCCCUCAAGUCCGGAAACUGGAUCAACAUCAUCAUCCAGGUUGUUCGUGUCCUUUCGGUUGUUUGCAUCCUGAUCUUCGUUGAGGAGCUCGGAGUUGCUCAAACCACGAAGACGGUUACUGGUCUUGUCUUGGUGGUUAUGCAGGCCGUCUUGACCGGUCUCUUGGCUAUUCUGAUUGCAGUCAACGCCAUUGUCAUCUGUUGCAAGGAGAACCCGCACAAGAAGAAGAGGAAGGAAGCUGAAAAAGCACGCGACUUGGACAACCUGACGCCUUUGGACGCACGCAACUCCCUCCUCAUGGACCCGCAAGAGUACAAGCGUGGCUCCGUCAUGAGCGUCGGUGGUCACAAAUACGACCCCAUCCCGCUCACCGAGCAAAACACAGCAUACAACGGCGGACGACCAUUCCAGGACGACCACGAUCAUCUCAUGGACCACGCUGCCGGGUUCGGACGAACUGGCACCCACAGCCGGGAUGUCAGCGCAGAACGCGUCCCCAGCACAGACGCCAGGGCACCUCGUCUGCCCUCCAUCGACAUGGGCACACAACAGACGGGCUACACAUCUUAUGGCGGCCAAUGGCAACCUCAAGGCGGUCACCAAGGGGGAUACCAGGGACACGCGUACUGA